AUGUCGAAAUGCGAGCGGGCAAGGGGGCAACUCUACGGCUCAGUGACGAAUGCCAUCAUCGCCGACAAGCUGUCAGUAAUGUCUGACCGCGAGAUCGACCGCCGCGGCAUCGAGGUUGAAGAGCCCAUUCGGCAACUCGGCAGCUUCAAUGUCAAUGUCCGUCUCCAUCCUGAAGUGCAAGCGCAGAUUGAGGUGCUGGUAUAUCCCACCGGCACGACUGCGGAUGCAUGGCUGCAAUCCCUUCAAGAGGACGACAAGCCCGCCGAGGACGAAGGCGAACCGGAGGAAGCCGCUGUGGAAGCCGCUGAUGAAUCCGGCGAUUCCGAAGAAGAUAGCCCUAACGACGCUUAG